AAAUCUGCUGCUAUUUCCAAAGCCUGCAGGUUAACAAGUCUGGAACUGAGCAGACAUAAGCCUGUCAGUUAUAAAACACUGAAAAAAUGCACACACACACACAUGCAUAUGCAGCAGGCUUUGGCUUGUUAAGUGUCUGCACACCUUUUUCAACACAUUCCACAGACGAAAGCAGAAGUGCUUGCAGGAGGACAAAAAUCAAGCGUGUUUACUAGUUCUCUUAUCAGUCUCUUAGCUCAGAGAACUUGGAAAGAUGGCGGAGGAAGACAUUAUGCCUUUAUCAGAGGAAAUCAGUUCCUUCUGUCUGGUUACCGAGGCUCGUUCAGGGACACAGGUUACCCAGCCCUUCCCACGCUCUCCAAAACUGAUCAGGAGAACUGGAGCCUCAUCACCAAAACCCUCAGAGCUGCCAGUCCGGUUGGAUGACUUGACGAAGGAGAGGAAAAGAACAGAGUCCCAUCUGGAAUCUAUUAAAAAGCGGCAAGCAAACCUGAAUACCAGUUCAGAGGCGAUGAAGCAGCAAGUACAGGAGUAUUUUGAGGAGCUACAUAUGGCUCUGCAGGAGGAUGAGAAGGCUGUUUUGGACAUGAUAGAGCAAGACCGCCAGGAAACCAGAAGUAAAUUAAACCGAAUUCUUCAAGACUGGAAUCAACAUCUUGGUCUCCUGCAGAAACACAUCAGCGCUGUUCAAUCAGCUCAAAAGAGCCCAGCAGAAUCCAUGAAGCAGCCAUUUCCCGAGGAUUUUACAUUGACUAGCUGUCGAAAGAAAUUGGACCCAGCUGAAGAGGAGAUAAAAAUGAAUGAGGAAAGGAUCCAUAAACUUAUGAAGGUUCUUAGGAAUCUUUCUAAAGAUCUGAAAGCCCAGCUACAACGAAAGAGCCUGCUGCUAGACUCCUAUAAUGUGGUGAUUGACAAACAGACCUGUCACAAACAGAUCAAUGUGACCUCAGAAGGACGGGGUCUGUGCCUUUCCUCAGAGGACCGCUGUGUUCCCAAUGACCCUCUAAGGUUUGAUCAGCUAUACUGUGCAUUGGGCUCCGUUGCUAUUAAAUCUGGACAGCACUAUUGGGAGGUAAAUGUGCACUGCUGUCCAUCAUGGGCUGUGGGUGUGGCUUAUGGCAGCCUACAGAGAAGGGGACGGGACAAAGGAGCCAAACUUGGACGGAACAGGUCCUCGUGGAGUCUUGAGUUUCAAGAUGGGCGUCUCACAGCCUGGCACAAUGAUCGACAUGUGGCACUACCCGUCACAGCAGCUCGGGCUGCACCGAACAAAGUAGGGGUGUUUGUAAAAUAUCAGAAGGGCCGUCUGGUGUUUUAUGAUGCUGAGACUAUGAGAACGCUGCAGGAGUUUUCAACAAUGCAAACGGCUGUGUUUGAGAGAGCACAUCAUCAGUUUACUGAGCCUCUCUAUCCAGCCUUCCGCUUUUUUUCACCCAAAGACAAAGGCCAUUAUCAUAUGGAAAUAUGCGAUCUCAGUCUUUAAUUAUUAUUAUCAACUGAAAACAGUUGUGCUGCUUAAAAUGUUUGUCUUUGAUAAAAAUAGAGUUAAAAAAUAAAGAUAUUGAGUGUGAAUAAAAGUAAUAGGAUUCAAUAGGAUUUAAUUCUGUGUCUAUGUGGCUAUUUAACCUUGUAUUUGCAAAGAAUUAUGUUGUAUUGUGUUUACCUGUAAUCAAUAUCCAGCAAUAAACUCUUCAUUGUAGGA